ACAGUCCUGUCCAGGCACCCACUAUAGACUUUAGUCGUACCUAUAAAAAGCCCUACUGCCUUUUCAGGGUAAUUUCUCCGUUUCUUCUCUCCACAGAUCUGAUCCCUACUACUCAGAAUUUAGCAUUUAAAAGUUGAGAGAUCAUGGGUCGUCGUGGAGUCAGUAGCGGUGGAGGACAGAGUUCCUUGGGUUACCUCUUUGGAGACGGUGAGGCUCCAAAACCUGCUGUCACCAAGGUAGAAGCUCCACAGAAUCAGGGAGCAACUACAAGUGAUCCACAGAAAACUACUGCAGCUGCAACAGCUGCAAAUGCUAAUAAGCAGAUUCCAGCUGGCAUCCAGGGGAGCAACACCAAUAACUAUUUCCGCGCAGAUGGACAAAACACUGGGAAUUUCCUCACGGAUCGCCCAUCUACCAAAGUGCAUGCCGCCCCUGGUGGUGGAUCUUCCCUGGGUUACUUGUUUGGCGAUGGCAAAAACUAGUUCCUUCUGUCCAAAGAUGAAACUGUGUUUUCAUGAAAAAUGAUGAGACUGCUGUUACUGUGUGUUGGUUUGUUUUGUGUCUGGGAAUACAGUGUCGGCAUUUGGAUGAUCCAAUUGUAAUAUGAUAAUCCUUUCCUACUCACCGUUGGGAUUCAACCGGACAAGCUUCAACUGUGAACAAUCCCCAAUGCAUGCUUACAGAAAUCAAGUUUUAGUUCGUGCUACUGUUGUGUUAGGAUGCAAUUAUUUUCAAAAAAACUCAACGUUUUGCUAAAAUGAUUAUGAACAUGCAUGAUACUGCAACAAUUGCUCUCCUCAUUGUAAAAAUGUUUUAGCGAUAUUAUGAUAUCUA